UUCUCGUUGUUGGCUUCAGUAGAAAGUUAUUUGAUACACGGAACGAUGGCCGCAGUUGGUCUUGGUUAUAAUCUGUUGCGAAAUUUCUGUUCUGAAGACAUUGAUGUUGCAUGUCAUAAUGUACCCAACUGUUCUACGAUAAGUGGACCGACCGAGUCCAUAAAAGCUUUUGUAAAAGAAUUACAGAGUAAAGGAAUAUUUGCUGAAACCGUGCCGACUAGUAAUAUUGCUUUUCAUAGUCGAUACAUUUCUCCAGCUGGUCCAAAGUUGUUAGAAUACCUUAAAAAAGUCAUCCCUCAACCAAAAUAG